UUACGUCAUUGGUUUCAGUCAGACAGGCUCCCGUUGCACUAACGACUCAGCCGGAGGUGGAGAGGCACGGCUCUGUAGUUGACGCCUAAACCGAUUGUUUAAUGUCAUCUUAAACCGAUUGUUUAAUGUCAUCUUUUUGAGUCGCCCAUAAAAGAACAACCAAGCCGCGAGCUGUGUGUUGUUCCCGCUGUUUAACUUGCUGAGUUGGCUCCUCUUCCUGGUCAGCCAUUUUGAUUUUUUUCUGAGCGACAAGCAGCCGGCCCCGUGUGUAUGCUAGCCACUGCUCCCAUUUCCACACAGCGAACCAUAUCUGCCCAACUAAAGGAGCCCUUUACGAGACCGGAACACACUUCUCAACGAGUCCACAAUGAAUCCCGAAUAUGACUAUUUAUUCAAACUUCUCCUGAUUGGUGACUCCGGUGUUGGAAAAUCUUGCCUUCUUCUCCGCUUUGCAGAUGAUACAUACACAGAAAGCUACAUCAGCACAAUUGGUGUGGACUUCAAAAUACGAACCAUAGAACUCGACGGAAAGACCAUUAAACUUCAGAUUUGGGAUACCGCAGGUCAAGAAAGGUUUCGCACCAUCACAUCCAGCUACUACAGAGGCGCUCAUGGUAUCAUUGUAGUGUAUGAUGUCACAGACCAGGAGUCCUUCAACAACGUCAAACAGUGGCUGCAGGAGAUCGACCGUUACGCCAGUGAAAAUGUGAACAAGCUGUUGGUGGGCAACAAGUGCGACCUGACGACAAAGAAGGUGGUGGAUUACACAACGGCUAAAGAGUUUGCAGACUCUCUGGGUAUUCCGUUCUUGGAAACCAGCGCCAAGAACGCCACCAAUGUGGAGCAGGCCUUCAUGACCAUGGCUGCAGAAAUUAAGAAAAGGAUGGGCCCCGGGGCCGCCGCCAGCGGAGGGGAGAAGCCCAACGUGAAGCUGACCCCCGGCACGACCGUCAAGCCUUCGCCGGGUGGCUGCUGCUGAGGGCAAAAGUGCUGUCCUGCCCCCUGCUGGACAGGCCUGUACCUGCCAUCUUCCUGAAAACUCAACCACAAUCAGACAGGGUAGGGAUGACAUGAAUCACAACAAGAUCACGGUGUAUUUGUACAACAAUGUAGCACACUACCAAAAUAAAAGCAUCCUUCUCGUCA